AUGUCUGCUAAUGAUUACUACGGCGGAGCUACCGGGGAAAAGAGUCAGUAUUCCCGUCCCUCCAACCCCCCACCUUCCUCUGCUCAUCAGAAUGAAACUCAGGAGCGUGGCUACCCACCUCAACAACAGCAACAGUACUAUCAGCAGCAGCAGAAUCCUGGCUACUACAAUCAGCAAGGAUACAAUCAACAGGGCUACAAUCAGCAAGGAUACAACCAGCAAGGAUACAACCAGCAAGGAUACAACCAACAGGGCUACAACCAACAAGGCCAUCAGCAACCCGUGUACGUCCAACAAAAGCCACCUCAGAAGGGCAAUGAAGGAUGUAUCACUGCAUGUUUAGCUGCGUUAUGCAUAUGCUGUACCAUGGAUAUGUUGUUCUAA